AUGGCGUCAAGUACCACUUUGUCCGCGAAAUUUACCGUCGAUGGAGAGAAAUCAGCCACACCGACGCUGUAUGUGUCUGAACCUGAUAUAUCAGGCGAGGGCGUUGUCGUCAAAAGUCUCGAAGAUGUCAGGGAGCCCAGCUUGGAUCCUCGAGUCCAUAUCUCGAACGACUCGCGACCAGAUGAAAAAGAACUCGACGAGGGACUUGGCCACCGUCUAACCCGUAUGCUUUCGAGCGCAAAAAGCUCGAGGUCAGAAGAGGAAGGCAAAACAAAUGAGCCUAUCUAUAUUGAAUUCGCUCCAGGCGACAAACGAAACCCGAUCAAUUAUUCGCUGCGGAAAAAGUGGGCUAUCACGUCGGUCGCGUGCUUUGCCACACUAUUAGCAUCAUCCACGUCGUCGACGUACAAUAUGGGAUUCGAGUCGAUGACGCGCGACCUUGGAUGCACAGACUUUCAGGCUACUAUCGGUCUAAGCGUAUACGCGCUUGGCUUCGGCGUGGUGCCUUUGGUCACCGCGUCUUUCAGCGAAGAAUUCGGACGCCAGCCUCUAUAUCUAGGAUCAGGUGUCGGGUUUCUAUUAAUGUUCAUGAUGAUUGCUCUUGCGAAAAAUAUACAGACUGUCAUCAUUGCCAGACUGUUACAGGGCGCGUUUGGCUCGACGGGCGCGACCAUGGUGGGUGGAACUAUCGCUGAUAUCUGGACACCCAAAGAGCGGGGCCUUCCUAUGUCGAUUUUCGGUCUAAUGGCCGUCGGAGGCACUGGAUUAGGGCCUGUGAUCGCAGGUUGGAUAGAGGUAAACCGUAAACUAGGUUGGAAAUGGAUUCAAUGGAUUCAAAUGAUGAUCUGUGCGGUGUAUUUGAUUAUCCUGCCGUUUAUAAUGAAAGAGACACGUUCUUCUAUUCUAUUGACGAGAAUAGCCAAGAAGUUGCGCAAGGAAACUGGGGAUCAUCGAUAUCGCGCUAGGGUGGAAGACGAACGCGCGAAGCUCAGGACAUUGAUUUGGAUUUCAUGUACAAGACCAGUUCACUUGAUGCUCACUGAACCAGUGGUGUCUAGUUUUAGUCUGUGGAUUGGAUUCGCAUGGGGCGUAACCUAUUGCAUGAUUGAAUCAAUAUCAGGGGUGUUCAGGGAUUUGCACGAUUUCGACAUUGGUUGGAUAGGCACGGUUUUUAUGGCCAUGGUUAUCGGGUCUAUAUUCGGGUUUAUUACCAAUUUCUACCAAGAAAGCCUUUACCAGCGGUACUUUCCCCAUCGAGGUCCGGAAGCACGUCUUUACCUGGCGUGCUUUGCGGCGAUUCUCCUCCCUGUGGGGAUGUUCAUCUAUGCAUGGUCGUCAUUCUCGAGCGUUCAUUGGAUUGCGCUGACCAUUGGAAUCACUCUUUUCAUUUGGGGUGUCUUUAUCAUUUACUUGGCCGUUUUCACCUACCUUGCCGAUUGCUAUGGUCCAUUUGCUUCUUCUGCUCUUGCCGGCCAGAGUCUUGCUCGCAACCUUAUGGCAACCGCCUUCCCUCUUUUCACGACACAAAUGUAUAGAACGCUUGACUAUAAGUGGGCAAACACCUUAUUUGGAUGUAUCGCUGCUGUGAUGAUUCCCAUACCAUAUGUACUCUUUUUCUACGGUCCCGCCAUCCGCCUACGAAGUAAAUUCUCGAGAGCGGUUUUGGAGGCCGAAAGACGAUGA